GCCGUCCGCUGACGCUCGGCGGGAAGGGACGUGCCGGGGCGGAUGCGGGUACCGGCGCGGUGAGCCCGGGACGGUGCGGGGCUGCACCCACCGCCCCCCACCUCGGGGACUAUGAAAGAAGACGAAUCGUCAGGAGUCGAGGAAGAGGAGAUGCCGACCUUCAGCUAUGACCCGAGUGGCAGGGCACGAACCAGCUGCAGUCGCUGCCAGAAGAAUCUCUCUCUCCAGACAGCAGUCAGAGUGCUCUACGUAUUCUCCAUCGUCCUGAUUGUGGCAGUGGCCGUGCUGGCUGCCGUGGUGUUCAAGAAAGUCGAUUCCAUCUCCAAUGACAUCAGCUCAGCGCAGACCUACUAUGAGAAGAAGAUCAUGGCCAUCCAGGAUGACCUCCAAGGUGUAGAUGUGAAGACCUCGGGGAACUGCUCCCUCUGCCAUGAGACAGGCCAGCUGGGCCAGGAAAUCACCAAGCUGCAGAGUGAGCUGGAAGAGAUCCAGAAGAUGCUUUUGGUUCAAGAAAUCCUCCUCGACCGCACUUCCCAGACCCACGACCAGCUCUCGUCCAUCAGCAACACGAUCACUGAUGAGGUGGACAAGUGCUCCUUGUCCACCCAGCAAGUCAACGAAAGCUUGGGGCAGUUCCUGGCCCAGGUCAGGGGUUGGGAAGUGGUCACCUCCCAGUUAGACAACUCUCUCAAGGGUUUGGCCCAGGAGCGAUAUGAUGUCCGAGCGGCCAUGCAGCAGAUGAACUUCACCCUGGGGCAAACCUCUGACUGGAUCCAGGUCAUCCAGAGGAAGACAGACGAGGAGACGUUGACGCUGCAGAAGAUUGUCACUGAGUGGCAGAACUACACUCGCCUCUUUGGUGGCCUCCGGGCUACCUCGGCCAAGACCAGCGAGCUGGUGAAGAGCAUCCAAAGCAGCGUGGGGGCAGCGGCCCAGCAGGCGGGCCACAACUCGGAGAGCAUGCAAGACCUGGUGCUGCAGGUGAUGGGGCUGCAUAUGCAGCUGGACAACAUCUCCUCCUUCCUGGAUGAGCACGAGGAGAACAUGAACGACCUGCGCUACCACCGCAGGUACACGCAGAACCGCACAGCCGAGCGCUUCGAGACCUUGGAAGGGCGAAUGAGCUCACACGAGAUCGAGAUCGGCACCAUCUUUGCCAACAUCAACGCCACCGACAGCCACGUCCACAGCAUGUUGCGGUACCUGGAUGACGUGAGGCUCUCCUGCACCUUGGGCUUCCACACCCACGCCGAGGAGCUCUACUACCUGAACAAGUCCCUCAGCUUGGUCCAGGGCACCACAGACCUGUUGCGGGAGCGUUACAGCCUCCUCAGCGCCCGCCUGGACUUUGACAUCCGCAACCUCUCCAUGGUCAUGGAGGAGAUGAAGGGAGUGGACGUGCGGCAUGGGGAGAUGCUGAAGAACAUCACCAUCCUACGAGGUGUGCCAGGCCUCCCGGGCCCCCGCGGCAUCAAGGGCGACGUGGGCAUCAAGGGCCCCCCAGGAAGCGAUGGGGAGAAGGGCGACGCGGGCAGCCUGGGCUCACCGGGACCCCCUGGCCCUCCUGGGCCCCCUGGCCCCCCCGGGCCCCAGGGUGAGAGGGGUCCCUUGGGCUCCAAAGGCUUCCCUGGCCUCAAAGGUGCCAAGGGCAGCUUUGGACAAUCGGGUUCUCGGGGAUCGGGGGGGCCCAAGGGAGAGCCUGGCCCCCCAGGAGCGGCAGGGGGGCCAGGGCCGGCGGGACCCUCUGGCCCACAGGGCAAACCGGGUCUCCCUGGGCCCCCCGGGGCUGUGGGGCAGCCUGGCCCCAUGGGGCCCAAAGGAGACCCCGGUUUGAAGGGACCUCCCGGACUGCCGGGCCCCCCCGGCCCCCCAGGACAGUAACCCAGCCUGCUACCAGCCAGGGCACUGGAGUGGUGGGGAUGGGGGAGGGUCCUCACCGCCACCCCCCUCGACCCCUCAGCAUCCCCUGCACGGCUGUGAGGCUGAGCCUUGCAGCAUGGCGGGGGUGGGGACAGAGGGGUUCAGGUUCCCCCUCCCUCCAGUGCGAGGGUCCGGGGCUGGUCCCCGGCUCUCAGGGAUGCUGCCGGCUCCGGGCUCUGGCUCCUGGGGUGGGGAGGAGGUGUCCCCAGGGAUGGGGGAGACCCCGCGAGGUAGGGUGCAGCUGGUUUGUGCCUUUGUCUCUCCCUCCUCUCCGCCCCGUCCCCCCCCAUCCCUCCCCCGCUGUGUCCUCAGUGUACUC